CGGCCGCUGUUGCCAGCCCGGUGCCAUUGUGAUUGUGAGCGCAGUGAAGCGCUGGUUCGCAUCUCGCUCCCACUGCAAGUAGGAAGGUUGCAAGAGAAAGAGAGAGUGAGAGUCCGGGUUUCAGCGCCUUUCCACCCUUGCCGUCGGGUUCCCUUGUGUCCGACAGCCAGCCAGCCAGUCAGACAGUCAGUCUCCCAGCGGAUCCGAGCUCUUCCAACGCUGGUGGCUUCCGACCGCUCUCACUCCGAGCCGAGUCUCUGCGCGAACAACACAACACAACACAAUGACUCACUUCAACAAAGGUCCCGUGUACGGUCUGACCGCCGAAGUGCGAAACAAGAUUCUUCAGAAGUAUGACCCUCAAAAGGAGGAGGAAUUGAAAAUCUGGAUUGAAGAAGUUACAGGCAAGCGCCUGGGUGAGAACUUUCAAAUCAGCCUCAAGGAUGGUGUCAUUCUGUGCAUGCUCAUGAACAAGCUACAACCUGAUUCCAUCAGGAAAGUUAACGACUCCAAAUUAAAUUGGCAUCAGCUGGAGAAUAUCGGUAACUUUAUUAGAGCCAUGCAGUGUUACGGGAUGAGACGACAUGACAUUUUUGAAGCAAAUGACCUUUUUGAAAAUGGGAACCUGACUCAAGUACAGACGACACUUUUGGCCCUCGCAAGCCUGGCAAAAACUAAAGGCUUUCACACAAGAACGGAUAUUGGUGUUAAAUAUGCAGACAAGCAAGUGAGGCACUUCAAGGAAGAAAAGCUGAAGGCUGGACAAAGUGUAAUUGGACUUCAGAUGGGAACCAACAAAUGUGCCAGCCAAGCAGGUAUGACUGCCUACGGCACCAGAAGACAUCUUUAUGAUCCAAGGACUCACACUGAGAAGCCAUACGAUCAAACAACCAUAAGCCUUCAGAUGGGAACAAACAAAGGUGCAAGUCAGGCUGGUAUGACAGCCCCGGGUACCAGAAGACACAUCUAUGACCAAAAGGCGUCGACAGAGAAAUGCGACACCUCCACAAUAUCGUUGCAGAUGGGCACGAACAAAGGAGCCUCCCAAACGGGAAUGACUGUAUACGGCCUGGGACGGCAAGUGUACGACUCCAAGUACUGUGCCACCCCAACUGAGCCCCACAUUCACAAUGGAAGCCAGGGAACAAAUGGCUCCGAGUACAGUGAUGGAGAUUACCAGGGCGACUAUGCAGGUGAAUAUCCAGACGAAUACCCUGCAGAGUAUCAGGAUGAGUACCAAGGAGAUUACCGCGGUGAAUACUCCGAGCAUGGUGUUGAUUAUUAAUGACCAGUAUUACCAACCAGCGAGACGGCUUUUGAUUUUUGCUACAGUCUUCCAUAAAUUUAAAGGCCCUAAAGAUUGGAUUCCUGGCUUUCCUGUGCACAGCUAAUCCAUGAAUCAGUAUUUUGCUGCCUUGCUUUUCUAGCUUUCUUGCCACGUGCUGGUAACAGUAAUUACCACUUUUAUGUACUGGAGAUAAAUUGAUUUCCACUAGAAGGAAAACAUUUUAAAAUCAAUAUUCAGAAAUUAUACCUAGCACCUUCCCACUUGAAGAUUUUGUGAAUUGGUUUUAUUUGCCACCGACAUACAUGUUUUAUUGAAUUUUGGGAGGAUUUGACAUAUUACUACAUUAGGAUUUCCUUUAAACAAUGCAACGUACUUGUUGCACAAAGUUGCUGCCUAUUAUGACAAAUGUGGCAAAUGUUAGGUGCUGAAACCAAUGUAAUUGUGCAUUUACAGUUAGUCAGUUGCCAUAUCCUUUAGUCUUAUAAUUUUUCUAAUCUUCAUAAUCUAUAUUAAUGGGACCAAUGCCUUUUCAAAUGCACAACCUUGAGUAAAUGCAAAGCCAAGAUAAAACUCUUGUUCAUCAAGAUGGACAAUGCCCCCAUAUAAGUUUGAAAAUGGACAUUUACAGCUUAAACCGUUUUUUAAAAAGUGCCAUUUAACACCUCUGUGAAUCAGGGGUCAAAGCAAAUGCACAGGUCACCUACCUUAAACGGUUAACCAUGCUUUAAAACUUCACAUCCUGGAAUGCUACGAACAAACUAGUUAUGCAACAUGUAGGAUCAUUUUACCAUUUUCCAUUAUUAAAUGACGCAUUAUUGGGGCGUUGUGUGUAUGAAGAGGCCAGAGCUCAUGAUUGAAAAACUGAACGUUCCUUUCACUACAUUAACCAAAUGAAAUGGGGCAAAGCAAUUUGCAAAUGUAGGUGAUUGAAUAAAUGUCUGUACUAAAAAGGGACUUUGCAAAUGCUGUACGCUUUUUCAUUUUUGCUAUAGAUUAAAUGUAUUUUACUUAUGUGCCAUAUUUUAUCCAUGUAGGAAUUCUCUCCUUGUUUUUGUAUUUAUUGCCAUUUUCUUUGGCAUAAGUCUUUGUGUAUGGUCCAUUUUUGUGAAUAAAAAAAUUACUAUAGAAAC